AACUUCGACAGAGCAGGAGGACAACAGGAGUGGAGAAGAUGAGUGAUUUCAAAGAUGAGGAGGAAGAGGACAAGUCUCCAGUCUCCAGCUGCCUGUCUCUGAAGAGUGGGCGGUCUACAGAGGACCCUCCAGACUUCAAAGAUGAACCUGGACCCUCAGACACAAAAGGGAAGAGGAAGAGUCCUGUUCCUGUGGAGGAGCAGCUGUCCAGCUGUGCUCUGUGUCAGGACGUCCUGAAGGAUCCAGUCUCUACCAGCUGUGCUCUGUGUCAGGACGUCCUGAAGGAUCCAGUCUCUACCAGCUGUGGACACUGGUUCUGCAGACAGUGCAUCACCUCAUACCGGGAGCAGCGCCCUCCAUCAGGAGACCCCUCCUGUCCCCAGUGUGGAGAAAGAUCCAGAACCAGAGCUGGCCUGCAGACAGCCAGUCAGACCAGCACUGUACGAGAUAGUGGUCUGCAGAAGGUUCUAGAUGAACAUAGGAUCAGUCUGAGGAGGAGAUGUGAACGUGUGACUGAAGGAACUGAUCAAAGUGAAACCCUCCUCAACAGCGUCUUCACUGAGCUCUACAUCACACAAGGCCAGAGUGAAGAGGUUAAUACCCAACAUGAGGUGAGGCAGCUGGAGACCGCUUCCAAGAAAGAGUCCCUCCAUGACACUCCACUCAAGUGCCAGGACAUCUUUAAAGCCUCACCUGACCAACAGACUCCCAUCAGAGCGGUCCUGACCAACGGAGUCGCUGGAGUUGGGAAAACCUUCUCAGUGCAGAAGUUCACUCUGGACUGGGCCGAGGGUUUGGGAAACCAAGAUGUCAGUCUGGUGAUCCCGCUCUCCUUCAGGGAGCUGAACCUGAUCAAAGGAGAGCAGUACAGUCUUCUCAGGCUGCUCCAUGUUUUCCAUCCAACCUUACAGAAGGUCACAGCAGAGCAGCUGGCUGUCUGCAAAGUGCUGCUCAUCUUUGAUGGCCUGGAUGAAAGCAGACUUUCUCUGGACUUCAGAAACAAUGAGGUUGUGUCUGAUGUCUCUCAGCAGUCCUCAGUCAACGUGCUGCUGAUAAACCUCAUCAGGGGGAAGCUGCUUCCCUCGGCUCUCGUCUGGAUAACUUCCAGACCUGCAGCGGCCAAUCAGAUCCCUCCUGAGUGUGUGGACAGGGUAACAGAAGUACGAGGCUUCACUGACGCCCAGAAGGAGGAGUACUUCAGGAGGAGAUCGAGUGAUGAAGACCUGUACAGCAGAAUCAUCUCUCACAUCAAGAGCUCCAGGAGCCUCCACAUCAUGUGUCUGAUCCCAGUCUUCUGCUGGAUCACUGCUGCAGUUCUGGACCACAUGUUGACUACAGACCAGAGAGGAGAGCUGCCCCAGACCCUCACUGACAUGUACUCACACUUCCUGCUGGUCCAGACCAAGAGGAAGAAGCAGAAGUAUAAAGAGGGACAUGAGACGAGUCCACAGCAGCUGACGGAGGCUGACAGGAAGCUUCUUCUGAAGCUGGGGAGGCUGGCGUUUGAACAUCUGGAGAAAGGAGACAUCAUGUUCUACCAAGAAGACCUGCAGCGCUGUGGUCUUGGUGUCACCGAGGCCUUGGUGCACUCAGGAGUUUGUACAGAGAUCUUCAAAAGAGAGAGUGUGAUCUUCCAGAAAACAGUCUACUGCUUUGUUCAUCUGAGCAUUCAGGAGUUUCUGGCUGCAGUCUACAUGUUGCACUGUUACACCAACAGAGACACAGCGGUACUGAAGGACUUCCUGCAGGGAGACUAUAGCAACAGGUAUAACAGUGAUCAGGAUUACCCAUCCCUGGAUGUCUUUCUAAAAGGAGCCAUGGAGAAAUCCCUCCAAAGUGAAAAUGGCCACCUGGACCUGUUUGUCCGCUUUCUCCACGGCCUCUCUCUGGAGUCCAACCAGAGACUGUUAGGAGGCCUGCUGGGUCGCUCAGACAAGCGUCCAAAAAUAAUCAAGAGACUCGUCAGAGGACUGCUGGGUCGCACACACAACCGUCCAGAAAUCCGUCCAGAAACCAUCCAGAGAGCCAUCAGCAACCUGAAGGAGAUGAGAAGUUCUAAAAUCUCUCCUGAAAGGAUGAUCAACAUCUUCCACUGUCUGACAGAGAUGAAGGACCUCUCAGUACAUCAAGAGAUCACAGAGUUCCUGAAGUCAGAGAACAGAUCAGAGAAGGAACUCUCUGAGAUCCACUGCUCUGCUCUGGCCUACAUGCUGCAGAUGUCAGAGGAGGUUCUGAAUGAGUUGGACCUGAAGAAGUACAAAACAACAGAUGAGGGACGACGGAGACUGCUUCCAGCUGUGAGGAACUGCAGGAAGGCCAAACUUUCUGGCUGCGGACUCUCAGAGACUGAAUGUGAAGUCUUGGCCUCAGCUCUGAAGUCUGACCCCUCCCAUCUGAGAGAUCUGGACCUGAGUCACAAUGAUCUGAAGGAUUCACGAGUGGAGCUGCUGAGUUCUGGACUGAAGAGUCCAAACUGCAGACUGGAGUCUCUCAGACUGAGGAGCUGCAGGUUGUCAGAGAUCAGCUGUUCUGCUCUGAUCUCAGCUCUGAAGUCCAACCCCUCCCUUCUGAGAGAGCUGGACCUGAGUCACAACAAGCUGCAGGAUUCAGGAGUGAAGCUGCUGAGAGAUCUUCUGGAGAGUCCAGACUGCAGACUGGAGACGCUCAGACUGAGGAGCUGCAGGUUGUCAGAGAUCAGCUGUUCUGCUCUGGUCUCAGCUCUGAAGUCCAACCCCUCCCACCUGAGAGAGCUGGACCUGAGUCACAACGCUCUGCAGGAUUCAGGAGUGAAGCUGCUGAGAGAUCUUCUGGAGAGUCCAGACUGCAGACUGGAGACUCUCAGACUGAGGCGCUGCAGGUUGUCAGAGAUCAGCUGUUCUGCUCUGAUCUCAGCUCUGAAGUCCAACCCCUCCCAUCUGAGAGAGCUGGACCUGAGUCACAACAAGCUGCAGGAUUCAGGAGUGAAGCUGCUGAGAGAUCUUCUGGAGAGUCCAGACUGCAGACUGGAGACUCUCAGACUGAGGGGCUGCAGUUUGUCAGAGAUCAGCUGUUCUGUUCUGGUCUCAGCUCUGAAGUCCAACCCCUCCCAUCUGAGAGAGCUGGACCUGAGUGAGAACGAUCUGCAGGAUUCAGGAGUGGAGCUGCUGAGAGAUCUUCUGGAGAGUCCAGACUGCAGACUGGAGACUCUCAGACUGAGGAGCUGCAGUUUUUCAGAGAUCAGCUGUUCUGAUCUGAUCUCAGCUCUGAAGUCCAACCCCUCCCAUCUGAGAGAUCUGGACCUGAGUCGCAACGAUCUGCAGGAUUCAGGAGUGAAGCUGCUGAGAGAUCUUCUGGAGAGUCCAGACUGCAGACUGGAGGCUCUCAGACUGUGGGACUGCAGUUUGUCAGAGAUCAGCUGUUCUGUUCUGGUCUCAGCUCUGAAGUCCAACCCCUCCCAUCUGAGAGACCUGGACCUGAGUCACAACAAUCUGAAGGAUUCAGGAGUGAAGCUGCUGAAAGAUCUUCUGGAGAGUCCAGACUGCAGACUGGAGACCCUCAGACUGAGGCGAUGCAGUUUGUCAGAGAUCAGCUGUUCUGUUCUGGUCUCAGCUCUGAAGUCCAACCCCUCCCUUCUGAGAGAGCUGGACCUGAGUGAGAACGAUCUGCAGGAUUCAGGAGGGGACCUGCUGAGAGAUCUUCUGGAGAGUCCAGACUGCAGACUGGAGACGCUCAGGAUAAGAGAUUAUGAGACGAUCAGAGCAAAGAUCCAGAAGACCUGUGACUCUGAUGUGGAACAGGAAGCGAAGACAGACAGAAAGGCUCCUGAAUCCUUCUCACCUGAACACACAACUGGAUCUCCAUACAGGUUCAGGUGUCCUGGUCCAGGUGUGUUCCAGUGUGAUUUGACUGGCCUGGUGUUCGUCAUGGCUCAGGAGGCGGAGCUUCUGUACAGGACGGUCCCUUGGGAGGAGAGUCUCCUCCAAUCAGCUGGCAAGCAGGCAGCAGGGCCGCUGUUCGAGGUGAAGAGUUCUGAUGAAGCUGCCGUCUGCCAGCUCCACUUGCCACACAGUGAGACAGAGGAUG